GUUGAAGAACUUCGCCUUUACUUCAAUGAGAAAGGAGCUGAAAUUUCAGUGGAACGCUCAAGCAAAGGUCUAGAAGAUGAUCUGCACAAAAUCAUUGGAGUUUGUGAUGCCACUUUCAAUUCUGCUGAUGUCCAGGAACAUGAAGUUGAAUCAAGCCUUAACUCAAUUGUUUCUGUUCUCAUGGUGAUGCCAGUGAGUGAGAAGACAGAGUCACUGAUUGUUGCGUUCUGCGAGAAGCUCUCUAAGGCACCGCAGAGCAGGAAUCUUGGCACUGUGGCACUUAGAGUGUUGAAUGUUUUGUUUCAUGCAUUGCCAGAAAACCUGGGCAUGAGGUACCAUAUAUACUACACCAUGAUCCAGGUGUCCGGACAAAUAGGACAGGUGGCACUGGUAUUCCGUGGCGUAGACGACCUCAAGAACACUCUGAGGAGCGCUCACCCUCCUCCCUCCACGGAGCAGAUGCAGCAGCUACUGCGCCUUCUGCACCAGACGCUCCUUGCCAACAACAUGGGGUUGUCUGAGAGUUACCCUGUGCGAUUCUUGGAGGGGGAAAGAAUCCACGACUUGUUGACCAUCUUUGUGGGUGAGAAGCUGCCUGGCUACCUCCAGUUCUACAGCAGCUACAAGGAGUACAUCUCAUCCAUUGGUCUGGACCACGAAGCCAACAUCCGCAAGAUGCGCCUGCUGACGUUCCUGCAGCUCGCCGAGGAGACGCCUGAGAUGACCUUCGCCUAUUUGCAGGCGCAGCUUCAGCUCAAGCCUGAGCAGGUCGAGCCUUUCAUCAUUGAAGCCCUGAAGACGAAACUUGUCGUGGCGCGUAUGGACCAAAGCCAGAAGAAGGUGAACGUAACGACGGUCGCGCAACGUACGUUCGGCCGCGCACAGUGGGAGAGUCUCAGGGACACGAUAUUGACGUGGAAAUCCAACUUGGCUGUGGUCAAAGAGAGCAUGAGGACCAUCAUGACCGCACAAAUCCCAUGAGCGCUGUGGUCUUAGUGAUAAAUCUAUGGUACUGAUC